AUGGAUCAUUUGAAGCUCAUUGACCGCGACUUGAUUAUAAGCCUGAUUGGAUUCAGCUUUGGAGGAGCAGUGGCCGUCAGCUUCGUCGAUAAUUAUCAGCUGCUCCAUUGCUGCCCUUGCUGCAUUAUUCCGCUAGCUCAACACUGCGUGUGCUCGUGUAUUUUCGCCCGCGACAAAUUUGUGGCACAGCGAGCCUGUGCUAUAGGAGACGAGCCUCGCACUGAGGCUGAGCUGGAGUGGCAGGAAAUGUUCUGGCGGAGAGUGGUCUGGCAAACUCUAGUGAAGCGGGAUGGCAUCUCAAGCAGUCUUGCGAUACUGGACCGAGUCCCUUUCUUUGACAUGACGGCCGAGUACUCCCGUGUAGGGGAGCAUCCAAGACCCGUGCUGCUGGUCUGGGGGAUCAAUGAUCAGNNNNCCAAUAGCAUCAGUCAGUGA